AGUGGAUUAGUCACUGAAGAGCUCAGUCUUCGUUCCCAAACGCGACAUCGCAGUGGAAAAAUGCCGUCCCCGAAACCCUUGGCCACAGCGGCAGGCAUGUUGCGGGCGCGAUUGAGCCCAGCCCUUCGAACAAGAGGAGGAGACGCCCACGGGCCGAGUCGAUGGGCUACACCGGGCCAUCAAGAGAGACCCAACGGCUACUUAUUCAACCGGACGCCGCCGCCGCCCGGACAGUCUCGUAAAUGGGAAGACUGGGAGCUGCCGUGUUACAUCACCAGCUUCCUCACUAUCGUCAUACUCGGCGUCGGGCUUAACGCUAAGCCCGAUCUCACUCUCGAGACUUGGGCACACCAGAAAGCCCUAGAACGCCUCGAGCUUGAAUCCGCUGCUUCGCAGGAGUCUGAUUAAUCUGGAGGAUGAUGAUGAAGAAAUAGUCAUUUUGGGGUUUGGUUCUUCUGUUGAUAUGUUUUCAUGGUGUAGUUGAAAUAAGGGUUUUUGGUUGAAUUCUGGAGCUGGGACUCUGGGAGAUAUGAAAUCUUUUGAGAUUUUAAAUUUACUUUACUGCGUUUUUAUUUACUGGAAUUUUGACUAUGUUAACCUUAUGAUCUUGCAAUCAGAAUAUGUUAAUUUUGCAUAAAAGCUUAUGUUUUUUGUAAUUUAA